CUCGCUGCGGCUGCUGCAAUUUCCUGGCGAGGGGUUUCGGUCCAACUUUUCAUUAGUUAAUCCUGCGGAAAAAGCUUUAGGUGUUUUUCAUUCUCUACUUUCCUCAUUCCUCUCAAAAGUAGCGGCACUGCUUCGAGAUGUUCUUGGACGGAGCUGAAGGGGUGUUCGAGUUCUUGCGAGGCAACCUGCCUUUUUACGUGAUCGUUUUCGUGCCACUUCUGAUCGUCAUCUCGCCGGUCACCCCCGUGCUCGGAUCGCACGAGUUCACCGUCUAUCGCAUGCAGCACUACGACCUGCAGGGAACCGUGCACGGCUCUAGGAGUUCUGUUGUGAACACUGAAGCUAGAACGUUACAUUCAUCAUCUUACCACAGAAAAGUUGUCAUAGCACGGCUUGCUGACCUCACUCAUGGGCAGUUCAACGAAGUUAUCCAGCAAGGGGCAGCUGGUGUUCUUAUAUUCUUGCCACAAAACUUCAGUGACGUUUCUCCGGAUAAGCUAAAGGCUUUGAUGGAGUUGGAACAUGCACUGCAAGAGGAUGCUGUGCCUGUACCAGUAUACUUUGCGUAUGAGACAGAUGAACUGAAAGACAUGUACAAAAGUGUCCAGAGGACGUCUGAUAAUGGCAGAACGACCAGUGUUGCACAAGAGCUGUGGGGCAUGCUAAAAGCAAGUGGAUUUCAGCUGGUGAUCUCUGGAAGUCAGGCCAAAGUGAUUACCGACAUUCAGCUUUUCAAUAUUCAGGGAAAGCUAUCUGGUUUUGGCGUUGAAGAGCAGCUUCCAACGGGUGUUAUUGUGGCCCACUAUGACUCAUUUGGAAUUAGUCCGGCCUUGUCUUUUGGUGCAGAUUCCAACGGUAGUGGGGUUGCUGCCCUCCUUGAGCUGGCCCGCCUAUUCUCAAGGUUGUACACGAAUUCGAGGACGCACCCGCACUUCAAUCUUGUUUUUCUGAUUUCUGCUGGAGGCAAGUUCAACUAUCACGGAACAAAGAAAUGGAUAGAGGACAACAUUGACAGCACAGAGGGAAGCCUAUUGGCUGACUCAUUGUUUACAAUGUGCUUGGACUCUCUUGGAAGUGGGGAUGACCUCUAUGUUCAUGUGUCAAAGCCUCCAAAGGAAGGCAGUGCAACCUCCAAGUUAUUCAAUGAACUGCAGAAAAUGUCGGAGACCCUUUCACCUACUACGCGGGUGUCGAUGGUGCACAAAAAAAUCAACCUGGCAGAUGAGACUCUGGCCUGGGAGCACGAGCGCUUCAGCAUGCGUCGCCUGCCAGCUUUUACCAUCUCUCAUCUCCCCAGCCAUCGGUCACCAAGCCGCAGUUCCAUUUUCGACACGCGAGACAAAGUUGAAAAAGACAAGUUGGCUCGGAAUGUGAAGGUGAUCGCUGAAGCCUUGGCUCGCAUCCUCUACAAUGUGACAGACAGUGAAGAAAGUCUGGAAGUCUUCCGUGAGAGCCUGGGGCUACAAGAGGACUACCUCGGUGCCUGGAUUGACACACUGUCGAGUCAGCCACGUGGUGCCCAACUAAUGGCAAAGGGCAAGACACCUUUGGUCACCAUGCUCGAGCAAGCACUCGCACGGCACCUCAAGGAAGUCCGGCUGUCGGCCUUCCGGCCAGACAAGAGGGAUCCUGAAGUUGUGUUCUACGAUACUCCAGUUGCUGUCAUGAAUGCUUACAGCGUCAAGCCAGCCGUGUUUGACUUGUUUUUGGCAGCACUUAUUGGUGCCUACCUGGGAACUGUGUACCUUGUCAUCGUGAACUUCCACCACGUACAGAGGGUUGUGGGCCUGUUCUCCCAGCCGAGGGCGAAGGUGAACUAAGUGCACGACCACCGACACGUUUGGUUCCGAUGCUGCUCUUCCAUUCUUGCCCGACACCUUCAUCGCAUAGACUGCUUAGAAAAGGACCAGUGUCAAUGCUGGCAACUUUCUUCAGAGACUCUUCAUGCUUGAGGACAUGCCUGUGUGUUCAUCAAUUCAUCCGUACCUGUUGAAGCACCUCACCGUAGCACCGUCAUAGCUCCAUCACGUAUCGCAGUCUUUCACUUCUCAUUGUGUGUUCUAGCAGCUGCCAUACGCAUGAGUUGUUUGGUUUCUAAUGGAAUAGUGAAGGGGAUCGUCUCUGUCUGGGACAGAGCUCUGAAAAGUGCCAGCUUGCAUUGUGCCACACUUGGGGCUGUGUGCUGUGUGUGAAUGGUUCCGACAGUGUCGUAGCAUUGUUGCCUUUUUCAGCCACCCGUCAUGCCUUUUUGUUGAUGUGGUAAUUGUAGGAUGUGUUGUUUCUGUUUGUGUACUGCCCGGUUGUAAAUAGUAAUGUAUAUACACACAUUUUUUGCACGCUUAGGAGGUGUCUCGUAGUAGAUUGCAAUGGAGUGGGACCCAAAGGUAGACUAUUAAGAACGCUUGUUGGUAUCGCAUGGUCUGGACUUAAUUGAUGUACGGUCCAUUUGUUUGUUGCCUCAGGAGUUGUGAAACAAGUGUCUUUGUUGGCUUUUUUUCCUCUUUUUUUUUGUGAGCGCCGUACGUACUGGUUAUUAAAUUACUCUGAAUGUUGC